GAAACAGAAACAUUCUCUACUAUUUGAAAAACCUCGCUGUUUUCUUCCCCUUCAGCCUCAGUCUUCUCAUCAUAAAUGUUAAUACAGCCACUUUCACGCCCCCUUGACCAUCUAGUUUCUGUCUCAAGGCUCCUCCUUCUUGCCAAACUGGACAUAUUUCAGGGACUUCUUGAUGUUAGGUAAUUGAUUAUGCAGGCAGUUUUGGUGUUUCUUCUGUAUUGGAUCUCCUGUGGAUUUCAUUCUGGCUUUUUUGUUGGUCGAGCAUCUAGAUUGACUACUACUCUUUUCUAUUGAUGGGGAAAGCUGCUACUGAGAGUGUGGAAGUUCCAUCUUAUAAUAGAAUUAAGAUGCAUCGGUUAAUGUGCCAAGAGCUUAACAAAUACAUUGAUCGAAUUUCAUAUGUGUUUUUAGCUGUUGAGGCUGCUCGGCCAGGAUGCACAUCAGGAAUACAAGCAUUAUGCUCACUUCAUGCGGCAAUGGAAAAAGCCAAGUUAUUGAUCCAGCACUGCACUGAGUCCAGCAAACUCUACUUGGCAAUUACAGCCGACAAGAUACUCUUUAGAUGUGAAAAAAUUCGAAAUAGUUUGGGGCACUCUAUGAGUCAAGUACAAAAUAUGGUUCCACCAUCAUUGGCUGCAAAGGUAUCUGGAAUUGUAGAUGAACUUAGCAAUGCAAAAUUUCCUCUAGAACCUUCUGAACAUGAGGCUGGAGCAAAUAUACUAGCUCUGCUUCGACAGGACAUAUCUGUAUCCAACUCUAGUAUCCAAUCAGAUAUCAAGACCCUUCAAUUUGCGGCUUUGAGGUUGAACAUUACAUCCCCUUUGGCUCUUUUGGUGGAAAGAAGGUCUAUUAAGAAAUUACAUGGUAGGCUACAGAAAACAGACUUGAUAAAGAAGAAAAUACUAGAUUAUCUCUUAUAUCUUUUGGAAAAGUAUGGGAAAUCAAUUUGGCAACAUCAACCUAAGAAGAAGUUUCCUCAGCAUGAUGAACACAAUUUUGCAUCCUUUGCACCAGAGCAUGGGGUGGAAAAUAUGCAGGAUGAGGCUUCUUCUGCUGACUUUGGCAUUCCUGAGGUCCCUGAAGAAUUUAAAUGCCCCAUGUCUGAGAGACUGUUUUAUGAUCCUAUAGUUAUUGCCUCCGGACAGUCAUUUGAGAGAGUUUGGAUAGAGAAGUGGUUUAAUGACGGUAAUCAGACAUGUCCGGUGACCCAUUUGAGGUUGGAGAAUCUUUCCCUUACUCCAAACAUAGCAGUAAAAGACCUCAUUUUGAAAUGGGGUUUAAGGCACGGAAUAGAAAUUCCUGAGCCUUCACAGCUACCUCUUCCCCGGAUUUACUCACUAGAAACUUCUGGAUCCAUUGCUAGCUUUGGCAGUUCCAUUGCUGCUUUGCAACUUCAGACUAGCAAUCUAUCACGUCACCCGUCACUUACAGAUUGUAGUUCAGAUUUGUCAGAUGGGAAACAUAGCAAGGAUUCUAUGUCUGAGAUGCCUUUGGCGAAUGAGGAUCCUUACAGACAAAGGCAUGACUGUGCUAUGGCCAGAGGUGAUCAUGAAAGCAAUGCAGCCUCUCUCUCAGAACUUGAAAACCUCUCAUGGAGAUCCCAAUGCAAAGUCAUAGAAAGUGCUAAAGAACAACUAAAAGACACCAAAAAGGCCUUCCAUUUAACGUUUUCAAAUAGUCAUGUGAAACUACUGCUCAGAUUUCUGGAGGAUGCAGGUGAAAUGUGUGAUGCAGAGGUGCAGAAAGAUGGAGCGGAGGUGCUUUUAGCAAUUUUGAGCGCUGUCAGAGUUGAACUAUCCUACUGCCAUGAUGAUGUAAUUUAUUUUUUGACAUCAUUGUUGGAUUCUGAGCUAGCUGGAGAAUCCCUUGCGGUCAUGGAAUUGUUGUCCCAACAACAAUACUAUGUUUCUAGAAUUCUGGCAACCGGCGUUCUGCCUUCCAUCCUGAAAGUCUUUGACACAGAAAUCAAAGAAUAUGAGGAGAUUGGUUUGAAGAUUCUCCGUAAUCUCUCGAUCAACACUGAUGUUGCUUACCAUAUUGUAUUUCUGAAUUAUGUCCCAAAACUGGUUUCUUUUCUGGACAAUCCAACUCUAACAGGAUGUUGCAUUCAACUUAUCAAAAACUUGUGCAAAAUUGAGGAGGCUAAAAUUGAAGUUGCUGAAGCCAACCUAUGCAUGACUUCCAUUGCCAAACUCUUGGAAGAUGGUACCAAGGAGGAACAAGAGCACACCGUGGACGUACUCCUCUCUUUGUGUCGUGAAUAUGCUGAAUACCGUGAGCUGAUUAUGAGUGAGAAUAUCAUCCAAUCUCUAGUACACAUUUCUGCCAAUGGGAAUUGUCAGGGACAGCUACUUGCAUCGGAACUGAUCAGCCUACUGUGACGAUGUAACAGAAGCUGAAACUUGCAGAAUCUUCAAUGCCUAGGUGUUUGGAUUCCAGAUGUAAAGAAAGCAUCAACAUUUUUGCCUGCCAAGUAUCAACUUUCUUUCCAGCUGAACACAUAGAUUAUCUUUGCUUGUUAGAAGCAUGGGGAAUUGGGGAGUAACCAUGAAUUGCAUUACGAAUGAUGUUUUGCCUACAUUCAUUUUGCAAAAUUUUGGUUGAUAACUUGAAUUAGAGCUAGUAUUUUAGCUGAUAAUUACAAACAUUAGUGAUACCUUACAUUUUGUAAAUAUAAGUAAAUACUAAUU